AUGUCCGUAUCGAACCGACCGUCGGGCCCUGCACACGAGAGUGUGCAAACGCUACGAUACAAAGCCCUGAAUGUCGAUUCCUACCGUCUAGACAGUCCGCCAUUCACAGGGGCAGCGGUAUCUGGCGCAGGUCCCGUGACGCAAGAGCUGGGACAGAGUACAGAGAACCUCCACGCUGCGGCUCAUGUUGGCUCGGUGCAUCCUGUGAAUGACGUAGAUGUGCCGAACAUGGCCUUGGAUACCGGCCUGGACGAUGAGUUGGACGAGUACGAGACCGCGGAUACGCAGGAGACGCUGAAACUGCGCUCGCCCAAGCCUGUGCCGCGCCAAGGUGAAUCGAUGGACACGUACGAGUUUCCACGCCAUCGGUUUCCUACGCAAAUGAUCGACGAGACAAAGACACCGCUGGUGAUUGUGGCUUGUGGAAGUUUCUCGCCGCCGACGUACCUUCAUUUGCGCAUGUUUGAAAUGGCCAAGGACCAAGUGAUUGAGUCGGGCAACUAUGAGCUGUUGGCCGGCUACUACUCGCCCGUGUCGGAUCAAUACAAAAAGGAAGGCCUGGCCAAGGCGACGCAUCGCGUGCGUAUGUGUGAGCUGGCGGUAGAGCGAUCGUCCAACUGGCUCAUGGUCGAUGCAUGGGAAUCGCUGCAGGGCGAGUACCAACGCACAGCGCUCGUAUUGGAUCACUUUGAUCAGGAGCUGAAUGGUGCGCAUGGUGAGCGUGGUAUGGUGCUGCGAAACGGAACUCGCCGGCGAAUCAAGAUUAUGCUGCUGGCCGGCGGCGACCUGAUCCAGAGUAUGGGCGAGCCGGGCGUCUGGGCCAGUGAGGAUCUGCACCAUAUUUUAGGCCGCUACGGCUGUUUGAUUGUGGAGCGAACAGGGGCCGAUGUAUGGUCGUUUUUGCUCUCGCACGACCUGUUGUGGCAGUACCGCCGCAAUUUGCUGGUCGUGAAACAGACGAUCUACAAUGAUAUCAGCAGCUCGAAAGUGCGCUUGUUUGUGCGCCGAGGCUACUCGAUCAAAUACCUGCUGCCCAACAGCGUCAUCCAUUAUAUUGAGCAGAACCAGCUGUAUCGUUAA